AUGUCAUCAAUUAAACACAGUUACAAAGAAGCAUCAUUUCCACUUAUUCCAUCUAUAACAGAAAAAUUGGAUGCUGACAUAUGUCUUAAUAAAGAAAUAAUAAGUCAUCUGAUUGAUUUAACCUUAUUUUUGGGCAGACAUUGUCUAUCUUUCAGAGGUCAUCGAGAAGGUUGGAAUGAAGAAAUACGUGGUAACUUUAAAGAUCUAGUAGUUUUAUUGGCCAAGUACUCGCCUGCAUUAGCAUCUCAUAUUACUGAAAUCCAAAUCAAAGACACUACUUUUGAUGUUUCUCGAAAAGAACAAGUUUCAUUAAUAUUUCGGUAUGUUAAUAAAAAUACUUAUUUUGUGCAUGAACGUUUAGUAGCUGUUAAAGAAACCAUAUGUACAACAGGUCUACAUUUAUUUGGUAUGUUUGAGACAAUAUGUCAAGAAAUGUCUAUAAAUUGGAAGGAAUUUUUAAUUGGUCAAUUAUUCAAUGGUGCUGCAUCUAUGAGAGGCGAAUAUAAAGGUCUUCAGAGUUGUAUUAAAGAACAAAAUCCAUGUGCAACAUAUAUUUGGUGUUAUGCCCAUCGCUUUAACUUAAUCAUUGUAGAUGCAGUUUCAAGCUGUACAUAA